AUGCGCCGCCUAUCACGAGUGUUCAGAAGCAGAACGAAGUCGAGGAGCGAAGACCAAGAUGGCAACCAGACCUCUCGGCCGCAGAGUAAUGGCAGCCACCACGCCAGGACCGCCAGCAACAAGACGCCCCAGUCCACAAUCAUCGUCCCCCUCUACAUCCACCCAUCAAAACAAUCCACAUGGGAACCCCUCUACACCGCCAUCGUCAAACACCCCCAUCUGAACCUCCUCAUAAUCCUCAACCCCAACUCCGGCCCCGGCAAACCUCCCUGGUGGCCAAACAAAGACUACCUCCGCGAACUGCCGCUGCUCAACUCACGUCCCAACGUCACCACAGUUGGAUACGUCAGGAUCGACUACUGCCAUCGAGACAUCCAUGAGGUCCUGUACGACAUUCAAGGAUACAGCGAAUGGCCGAAGGACACCACCGAGGAAGGGAUCUACGUGAAGGGCAUCUUUUUCGAUGAGACGCCGGAACGGUACUCCGCGGAUGCUGAUAUGUAUAUGCAGCGGCUUAGUGAUUGGGCAAGGAAUAGUGAGGGGAUACGGGGUGAUAGACUGGUCAUUCAUAAUCCUGGCACGAUGCCGGAUGAGGCGUUGAGUAGCUCGCGGCCGGACGUGGUUUGUGUUUUUGAGGAUCGAUACGACCAGUUACGCUUUGGAGCGGUUGAGAGGGAGGAGGCGUGUUAUAUGGUACAUGCUGUGCCGAAGGAUGAGAUUUGGAGGGCGGCGAAAGUGGUGAGGGGGAGGGCGAAGUAUGUGUUCCUGACGCAGGCGGAGGAGAGGAUUUAUGAGGAUUUUGGGGAGAGUUGGGAGGAGUUUGUGGAGGCUAUGGCGAUUGCUUGA